AUGAGCAGUAACGUCCGCACUUCAUCGGCGAUCGUUCAUCUGACAAGCCUUAGCACCAGUUUAUGGGGUGCGUAUAGGGCAACUAAAGUUGUGCUACCUAUCCGUUUGCGUGAAGCAGGCCAUCGCCAGUUUCUCACCAACAUUGCAUUGGCAGCCACGAUCUUGACAAACGUGGUGACCCUGGUGUCGUAUGUGAGGGCCAAUAACCGUUCUUUGGGACACACCAGCCGGCAAGUGGCACUUCCCCUGGCGCUGGUUCUUGAAACUGUGGUAGCGUUGGUGUACUGGCCCCUGCGUUUGUUUUUCCUGCCACUGAUAAUGCACAAUGUGAAGGACGGCUCCAGAGUCCCGUUACCUGUGCCUGUGGAUUGUGCGAUCCACUUGCUGCCAGUGUUGUAUCUGGCACUUGAUUAUCUGGCGUUGGAACCGGCUCCGUUCCAGAUGUCCACCAAAACGGCAUGGUUUGUGGUAACGGCGCUGGGACUUGGCUACAACCAGUACCUCAAAGUACUGAUUGACCGUGAUGCCGGCGCAGUGUUUCCAUACCCGUUUUUGGAAGUCCGAGAGCCUUACAGAAGUGUGAUAUUCGUGGCCGUCACCAGUAUUGCCUGGAUCUGGUUUGUGGUUUACAAAAAGAUACAUAGGGGCGCAAGAGGACAAGUAAAAAUAGGCAAAAUCAAUUGA